AUGGGAAACAUCCUCUUCUUGAUCGGUCUCACCCUGAUUAUCGGCUUCCAGAAGACCAUGGUCUUCUUCGCACGCCCCGAGAAGCUCAAGGGCACCGCCGCUUUCACCGCCGGCAUUGUGCUGAUUCUCCUCCGUUGGCCGCUGACCGGCUUCCUCAUCGAGUUAUACGGGCUAUUCAUUCUGUUCGGCGAUUUCCUUGUGACGAUUGGGCAGUUCGCUGGCAACAUCCCUGUCAUCGGACCGUAUAUCCAGCGCGGACUCGAAAUUCUAGCCGGUGGCCGCAGCAACGCUGAAUUGCCUGUAUGA